GCAGGGGAAGGGGAGCUCAGGAAUCUCUGUGGGACACUCAGGAGGACGGCUGGCAUGUAGGACGGCCCCGUGGCGGUCACCACCGAGCGGUGGCACUCGGGGCGCUGGGUCAGGCUGCCGGGGCAGUGCUGCCGGCACAGCGGGCGGCUUGCUCGGAGCCCUGCUGAGCUGCAGCCGCGAGCUGUCCCCGCCGUCCCUGCCCGGCGUGGGGCUCUGGCUCCCCGCGGCUGGGGGCUCUGGGGCGCGGCGGGCGGUGCUCCCUGCCGUGGGCCGCCCGCCGACCCGGCGUGUUUCCUGCACAGGCUGCAAGAUCAAGGCGCUGCGGGCCAAGACCAACACGUACAUCAAGACGCCGGUGCGCGGCGAGGAGCCGGUGUUCGUGGUGACGGGGCGCAAAGAGGACGUGGCCACGGCCAAGCGGGAGAUCCUGUCGGCGGCCGAGCACUUCUCGCUGAUCCGGGCGUCGCGCAGCAAGGGCGCGGGGCCGGGCGGGCUGUGCCGCCCGCCCGCGCUGCCGGGGCAGACCACGGUGCAGGUGCGGGUGCCGUACUGCGUGGUGGGGCUGGUGGUGGGCCCCAAGGGCUCCACCAUCAAGCGCAUCCAGCAGCAGACGCACACGUACAUCGUGACGCCCAGCCGCGACAAGGAGCCCGUGUUCGAGGUGACGGGCAUGCCCGAGAACGUGGACCGCGCGCGCGAGGAGAUCGAGAUGCACGUCGCCGUGCGCACUGGCACCUUCCCGGAGCUCGGCCACCACAGCGACUUCCGCGCCAACGGCACCGACGUCGGCUUCGAGGGCGGCCCUGCCUGGCCGGGUGCCCGCCCCGCGCCCCGUGCCCGCUCCAGGAUGUUCUCCAGCUACCGCAACGACAGCUCCAGCUCCCUGGGCAGCGGCUCCACCGACUCCUACUUCGGCAGCAGCCGGCUGGCCGACUUCAGCCCCACCAGCCCCUUCGGCACCGGCGGCUUCUGGAUCGGGGAGGCGCUGCCGGCCGUGGGCACGGAGGAGCUGGCACUGGACUCCCCUGCCUACGAGCCCCUGCCCGCGCCCUCCCCGACCAUAUGGGCGCCCUUUGAGCCCGCGGCCACCCUGUCUGGCCUGGCCGGCGAGGCCGUGGGUGGCACCAACGCCCCGUGCCACGGCAGCCAGCCCCCCACGCCCCGCCUGUCGCCCACCUUCUCCGAGAGCCUGGAGCACCCGCUGGCCAGGUGGGCCUGCAGCGACCCGCCGGGCUCCGGCCACCAGCCCGAGCUGCCCGUCUACAUCCCCGCCUUCUCCAAUGGUACCAACAGCUACUCCUCGUCCAACGGCGGCUCCACGUCCAGCUCGCCCCCCGAGUGCCGGCGCAGGCACGACUGCGUCAUCUGCUUCGAGAGCGAGGCCACCGCCGCCCUCGUGCCCUGCGGCCACAACCUCUUCUGCCUGCAGUGCGCCGGCCAGAUCUGCGCCCGGGACACGCCCGCCUGCCCCAUGUGCCAGACCGCGGUCACCCAGGCCAUCCACAUCCACUCCUGAGCCGGGCCGUGCCGCGGGCCCGGGAGCGGCGGCGCUGCUGGCUCCUGGCACCGGGCUUGCCCGGGGCUGGGCUCUGCGGCUCCGUGCAGGCAGCGGGGUUCAGCAGAGAGGGAUUGGGGAUACCAUGGCAAG